GAUGACACAGGAGACACACUGUGAACAGAAAUCUUUGAUGUCCCAGGAUGACUGUGAAGUGGAUGUCUGUUCUGCUGCUCCUGCAGAUGAGUUGCUAUUUCAGAUCUGGGAGCUGUGGAAAGGUGUUGGUAUGGCCAAUGGAAUAUAGUCACUGGAUGAAUCUAAAGAUAAUACUGGAUGAACUUGUACAGAGGGGUCAUGAAGUGACAGUUCUGAGACCUUCAGCUUCUAUCUUCCUUGAUCCCCAAAAGUCACCUGGUCUGAAGUUUGAGAGUUUUUCUACGUCUGUCACUAAAGAUGAUCUGGACAAGGCUUUCACAAGGCUUGUGGAUGUAUGGACUUAUGAGAUACCAAGAGAUUUGUGUUUAUCCUUCUCUCCUUUGCUACAAAAUGUGGUUAAUGAAUUAUCUGAUAGCUAUCUAAGUCUUUGCAAAGACACAGUUUCAAACAAACAACUUAUGUCAAAACUACAGAGAUACAAGUUUGAUGUCCUUUUAUCAGAUGCCAUUGCUCCCUGUGGGGAGUUGAUAGCUGAACUUCUCCAGAUCCCUUUUCUGUACAGUCUUCGCUUCUCUCCGGGCUACACAAUGGAAAAGUACAGUGGAAGAUUUCUAGUCCCUCCCUCUUAUGUACCUGUAAUUUUGUCGGGACUAGGUGGUCAAAUGACUUUCAUGGAGAGGGUAAAAAAUAUGAUGUGUAUGCUUUAUUUUGACUUUUGGUUUGAGAUGUUUAACGAGAAGAAAUGGAAUCAGUUUUACAGUGAAACAUUGGGAAGGCCCACUACAUUAAUUGAGACAAUAGGCAAAGCAGAAAUGUGGCUCAUUAGAUCCUACUGGGACUUGGAAUUUCCUCGCCCAUCCUUACCAAAUGUUGACUAUGUUGGAGGUCUCCACUGCAAACCUGCUAAACCCUUGCCGAAGGAAAUGCAAGACUUUGUCCAGACCUCUGGAGAGCAUGGUGUCGUGGUAUUUUCUCUGGGGUCAAUGGUCAGCAACAUGUCAGAAGACAAAGCCAAUGCAAUCGCAUGGGCCCUUGCCCAGAUUCCACAAAAGGCUCUUUGGAGAUUUGAGGGCAAAACACCAGACACCUUAGGAUCCAAUACCAGAGUUUACAAAUGGCUUCCCCAGAAUGACCUUCUAGGCCAUCCAAAAACCAAAGCCUUUGUAACUCAUGGUGGAGCCAAUGGAAUCUAUGAGGCGAUCCAUUUUGGAAUCCCUAUGAUUGGCAUUCCUUUGUUUGGAGAGCAACAUGAUAACAUUGCCUACAUAGUGGCCAAAGGAGCAGCUAUUUCAUUAGAUUUCAGAACAAUGAAAAGGGCAGAUUUGCUCAAUGCACUGAAGGCGGUCAUAGAUAAUCCUUUCUAUAAGGAGAAUGCUAUGUGGUUGUCCACCAUUCAUCAUGACCAGCCCAUGAAACCGCUGGACAGAGUAAUAUUCUGGAUUGAGUUUGUCAUGCGCCACAAAGGGGCCAAGCACCUGAGGCCACUUGCACACAACCUCACCUGGUACCAGUACCACUCUCUGGAUGUGAUUGGAUUUCUACUGGCCUGUGUGGCAGCCAUAGCUUUCCUUUCCAUAAAAUCCUUCUUAUUCAUUUAUCGAAAGUUUGUAACAACAGGAAAGAAAAUGAAGAGCGAGUAGAGACGGCACAUGAACUACAUUUCAGCAUCGUUCCAGUUUAUGAACGGCCUUCUGAACAUUCACUGAUUACUCUAUCAAGGCAUAUCGUCAUUAGAGGGGAAGGAAGAAAUAAUGCAAUUAUAUUACAAUCUCACAAAAUAAAAGACAUAAUGAAAAAAAGUUGAGCAAAUGAUAAGGAACAACCUAGUAAGCAUAUUUCCUCUAUGGUAUCUUCUUCAGUCCUGCCUUGAACCCCUGGCCUACAUUUCCUCAGCAAUGGACAGGAAGCUAUGAGAUGAAAUAAACCUCUUCUUUCUAGAAUAAAAAUAAACAAAAAUGAAAAUUUGAAAACUAAGGAGAGGCCUGGGUAUGAUUCAGGGCAUGCAGCAUUAUGAUGAGCAAAUAUGUGGUGGAGAGGUGAGACAGAAAGGGAAGUGGGAGCAGUUUUUUCUCUGUGAGGAGAGGUGGGACUGUAGACUUGAAGACAAAAAGGAACGGCCUGGUGAAGGAGCCCUGUACUGCUAUCAGAAGCCAUGGUGUUAUCUGGACCUGUGCUGCUGCAGAAGGCCAUGGCUCUUCUGUAGCAGGGGUUCUGAAACAAUGUCCAUGCAAUGUGGACCUCCUUGGUCUGGGCUCCCAUUUGAGGCCAUGAUGUUGUCUGAGUAUGGUGCUGAGCUGAUCCAGCCCCUCACCAGCCACCACACAGUAGCAACGACAGUGAGAAAAGUGCAGAAAAGAUGUCCCUGUUCCUUGCCUGGCCAGUGUGGGAGAGCUGGCCCCGAUGGUGUGUUCAUGGGCGAACUAAACCCACCAAUUGCUGGCCACAGGACUAGGGUGAGCUAGCUCUGCAACUUGUCUGAGCAGCUAGGAAGAGUUAGCCCUAAACGAAGGUGUAGAUGAGCAUGGCCUCAUUAGUGUGGGAAAGCUGAUUCUUACCCAUCAUUUUGUCAGUGUCAGAAAGUUGGCGCUGGUGACAUGGGCUUGGAAUAGUUAGCCCUGAUUGUGUGUAUACAGAAAAGCCAGCCUCACCUGGGUAUCAUGGAGAGAUAGCAUCGGUGACCAACUCAGUUACCACUCAGGCCUGGUUCCAAGAUUUUGAGCUGGCCCACCCAACACAUACCACAUCUAUGAGCUGCUGGAGUUCAAGGUGCAGGUCCUGCAGAACCAAAGUUGCAGGAUCUCCAUGACACAGGGCAGCAACAGGAUAGCCCAGAGCAGCCGUGAUAGUGGAGCAGAGCCCAAAGGCCUUGAACCAGUCCAAUGACUCAUUGCAGUGAAAUUUUACAAGUAAAGCUAUUUAAAGAGUAUACCGUGGGAGACACUGCACAUUUUACCAUUAAACUUUUUUGUAACUUUAAUUUUCUAUUGUCUUUUGGGGAGGGAAGUUAUAAGGGUGGAAGGCAGAUCUGAAAGGCGUGAGAAAUGAGUGUGCCUGAGGUGUAUGAUAUGAAAUUCAAAGAAUCAAUAAAAAAUUGUGGAAAAAAAUUAAACAAGGAAAUAACCCUUAUUCUUUUAUGAAAUAAUAAUGUGAUAAAAAUUUAAGCAAGUAUGGAUCUCAUCCUCAAAGCCCUUUUCAUAUUUGUACGAGUUGUGGUUAUAGCUGGGUGUUGUAUAAUUACAUGUGUAUGAGGGAGAAAGUUCAACAAUUCAUUCAAAAAACAAUAACUGACAAAAUUCCUACAUCUUAUCAUAAUAUCCUACUGAUGAUUGCCUCAGAACAGGAAAGACAAGGUUAAGAAGACUUGAAUAAAAGAAUGAUAUUGUAUUGUAAACGA